GUGUGAAGGCCACUAUGUUCAACAGUAUAUACUGGUAGUUUGUCCUUAGUAUACUUGGCUUUUAUUUAUGUGUCAGCAUCAGAUAAGGAUUGAAGAAGUUUCGCCUAUGUGUGCAAGAUCAGUUCUACCACAUCAACCCCCUGCACAUAAUCAUGUAGCGACGUCCUUCCAUCGGGACAUCUUCAUCCUCCGCCUUACAACUCAUGAUCUGCCCUUCACUCUACCCACGUAAUUAAAGCGUGAUGAGUGAUGGAAGCAAUCACAAUGAUGACGAGGCAGGGCGAGAGGAAGACAGGCUUCAUUUUCCAACACCAGAGUCUGGAGAUACCCGACCAACGGAUGAUCAUUUCAGAUCACUUGUUGAUCAAGAAACCUACUUGAACCUUACAGGCGAAACACAACCGCACAACUCACCUCCUGGGUUAUUCUACUCUAUUCGCUUGCCACCCUCACAGACAGCCAACAGUGGCUAUCAUUCAAUAAGGCCUCCAAACAACGCAAUUCACUUCAGGAAUUACAGGCCACACCAUUACAGUGAUGAUCCUAAUGCAGGUGGUGGUGCUGCAGCUGCUGCUGAUGAUGAUGACUUUGGACACAGUGACCUGUCAGAGUCACAACUGGGCAGCUACGAUGUGGGUAUGCUUAAUCUCGGGGAGGUGAGCCUUGGACAUGGAAACCUAUUGGACAUACCUGUUGAAUCAUCUCUACAUGAGAAUGUUCUCCAUUCAGGGGUGAAUGAUGAGCUGUAUGCCAUCGGACCUGCAUCACUACCAUUAGGAGAUGACAGCGGUGAACGGGACCAGACAUGUAGAAAGUCUAUAUGCAGUGUUGUGUCUGAAGGACAGGAGGUAGUGGAUGAAGAGUGUCAUAUCGAGCAGAUGUCGUUGGUUAGUGUGAAUCCACCUGCAGUUGAAUCAACUGUUUCUCAAAGAGGUGGAGAGCAGAAUGUAGUCAUUUUUGAAAAUGUAACUGAAAUGGUUCCUAGACAAGCUGCAUCAACAUCAGGCUAUCAAACAGGCACAGAUGCAGAACAAGGGAGAGUACAACCUGUCGACAACUUGCAGACAUUGGUAAAGGGUGACAACCAGGAACCCACCCAGCACCCUGAGCAGCACCUUCAGUCAGGCCCAGUAGGCGAUCUGCAGGUUCACCCCCCACUCUCUCCAGUCUCAGGGCUUCUAUCCCAAAUGGCACUCCAAGAGGGCCAGCCUGGAGAGGAAAUGGAUGAGGACAGUGAUGUCAACAACUGAUAGUUGCUGCCUUUGUUGCAGUAACCAACAGCAUCUUGGGACAUUCCUCCGUAACCUGUCCUAUGGA